GGUGGCGCUGAAACCGGUCCCCCCAUUUUAGCAAGAGCGAGUGUCGACCCCCUGAUAAGCGUCAUAGUCGGUCAUAGUGCCGUAGUGUGUCAGAGUCAGAAUGUAAUAAGGAAUAUAACGCUUGUAAUUACAGAGAAACAAAGUAAAUGUGUAAGGAAGAUUAAUAUAUCUAUAUAACAAUAUAGGCUAUAUUUAAGGCUCUAUAUAACAAUAUAGGCAACGAGGGCUAUUUUUUAAAUAUUUCCUCUGUAACUGUGCAAAAUAUAUAAAUAUACACAAUAAAAAGUUAACUGACUGUUGAGAUCAAAAGAUACACUUGAUCCAUUGUUUUAUAUAAAAAUUCUUAAUUUUCUGAAAUUAUGUCAACAUUAGAGGAUAAAAUUUUGGGAGAGAAGUUGCACUACUAUUGCAGCAGUUCCAGUGAAGAUGAGGAAAAUGAUUCUGGAGAGUCUGAUAAGGAAUAUGAUGAUGUAAAGUAUACUGAGGACAAUGCACAAUAUGUUACACCUUCGUAUUCAGAAUGGGAUGGGACCUCCAGUAACACUGGGCCUAAAGGAGUUAUAAAGGAUUGGCAACGUUAUAAGCAGCUGGAAGCAGAAAAGCGAGAAGCUCGAGAGAAAGAAAAGUUGCAAUUGAUUAAGAAACUGAGUUUAUCAUGUCGUAGUGCUUUGGAUGAAGAAAAAGAAAAACUGAACGAGACAGAUCCAGAUUUGGCAAAUUUAAUAACCGAUAAAUUCCUUUUGAAAUAUCAAAGACAAAGGAUGAAGGAAAUGCUUGCAAAAGCAGAGAAGCUUUGCUUUGGGAAAGUUAUUGAUUUACAAAGCGCAGAUCAAUUUUUAGAAGCUAUCGAUGAAGAAGACAAGUCAGUGACUGUUAUUGUUCACAUUUAUGAAAGCAAUGUACCUGGUUGCGAAGCUAUGAACGGAUGUUUGGUAUCUCUUGCAGAAGAUUAUCCUCAUGUGAAGUUCUGUACAAUCCUAGGAUCAAUUGCAGGUCUCAGUAAACAAUUCAAAAAGUUUGGUGUGCCAGCAUUACUGGUGUACAAAAAAGGACAAGUGAUAGGAAACUUUGUACACAUGACAGAGCAUCUAGGAAUAGAUUUUUACUCAUCAGAUGUGGAAGCAUUUCUCAUUGAACAUGGAAUGCUUGUCGAUAAAAAUUGCGUACCUCCUAUCGUUUUGAAGAAUGAAAACAAAGCUACUGAUAGUGAAUAAAAAGUUUUAUCUUUAAUAUAAUUUAUCAAGGUACAUAAAUUAUAUGAAGUAACUUAUUAAGUAAAACCUAUGAUAAAAUAUUAAAGAAACA